AUGUAUGCGAAUCGGGUACCAAAAGUCGAAGUUAUUACCUCGCAGAAUGCUCCACAAGUCAUUGUUGCACCUCUUCAACAACAACAACAACAACAGCAACACCAACAGCCAGUUGCACAGCUUCCAAACUUCAAGGAUGAUGAGAAAAUGCCGUUGUUUUUGAUCAAGUUGUGGAGUAUUGUUGAAGAUCCGCAGUACCAGCAAAUCGUUCGAUGGGAUGAGUCAGGCUACAGCUUCCAUAUAAUCGAUCCGUACUCUUUUUGCCGCAACGUUUUGCCCCACUUCUUCAAACACAAUAAUCUCAACAGUCUUAUACGGCAACUAAACAUGUACGGUUUUCGAAAAAUGACACCAGUUGAUCGUGGGUCGCUAGCACGGACGGAAUCCGAUCAGGAUCAUCUCGAAUUCAGUCAUCCUUACUUCAUUCGUGAUCACCCUGAAUUCUUAGUCAAUAUCAAAAGAAAGCAAUCUUCACGGUCUGCCGAGAACUCUACAAAUGGUGUGCAAGCGCAAGCAACAAUACAGUUGGUGAUGGAGGAAAUGCGUCAACUGCGAGAAAAGCAGCGUACUACGGACAGCAAGAUGCACGAGCUUGUAAAGGAAAAUGAACAGUUGUGGGAGCAGGUAACUCUGUUACGAGCGCAACACAACCGUCAACAGCAAGUUGUGACUAAGCUGGUGCAGUUCCUUGUUGCAAUGAUGCAGCCAAAUUCGACAGUGGCGAAACGUGUUAUGAAAAGAGGAGUGCUGGCCAUUGAUGAACCACCACAAAAGCGUAUGCGAAUGAACUCGAACUUAAAUUCAAACAAUAGCUCAAAUCUGACCGAUAUUCUUGAUCGUCUUCAAAGAGAAAUGUUGGAUAUUGGCGGUAUACGGGGUGUUGCUGCUGCAGCAAGUCGCGCUGAUGGUCCCAUCAUUGCUGAUGUGACAGACGAAUGGGUCCCAGGCGCCACUUCUAAUAGUCCUCCGGGACAGACGAGAAAUAAACAACCAUUCGGCAGUAACGCGUACAAUAUGUCACCAAAUAUGCAAAUGACUGCAUCGCCAUCUAGCAAUAGUACAGCAUCCAUGGGUUUGACCCCACAAAAAAGAGCUCAGAAUGGUGAAGCUCAAGCAGCUAUUUCGGGACCAGCGCAGGACUUCCAAGACUAUUUGAACGGAAUUGAUUUGGAUAUUGACAAGUGCAGAGAUCUACUCGGUAAUCACUGGGACUUCAACCUGUUCGAUGUAUGCUUUGCUGUAUUGUUCACACAUUGUACUGUUGGAAUUUUGCGAAUAUUCACAAUAGAAGUAUUCUUGUUACAGAAUGUGGAUGUGGGGGAGGAUCAGGACCAACCGCAGUCUGACGGACAGCAGCAUGAGAGCAAUACCGUAAACUCCACAUAUAAUGGUUUUGGAAUGCAGAAUGGCACUGCACAGCAACCUGGCUUGCUAACUUAUCAUCUUGGACCACAGUUAGCAUUGGAAGGCGGACCGCUCACAACCGAUACCUACAGAGGAAACCCACAGGUCGAGUUGGUAGAGGAAGACACUCACGCUGAUGUGAAUCCGAGAUUAGAAUUUCCGUGCACACCAUUGGUAGAAGGAGAUGAUCUUUUGUUCCCCAGUACUCCAGAUUUACUUACACCAUGCACCAGUCCGCGCCCAUAA